GAGAACACAUCGCCGUUGCUGGAGCGUACUCUCGGUUCAGCCUCUGCCCACGCCAGGAUGCGCCGCUGCGCUCUGCGAAAUCCGCGAAACGUUUCCGCCUGUUUGUCGCUACAGCUUUCUUGACCGCUGGUGGAUGUAGACGCCGAAGCGCCGCCGCAGCUGAUUUGUUGUGUUGUUUUUUGUUUUUUUUUUUUGUGUUUUUUUUUGUUGUUGUUGUUGUCGUUGUUUGUUUUUUCUUUUUCCAAGUUUCGACCGCCGCUCCCGUCUUUCGACAGCCAGACACUGAGGUGUGAUCUUAUUGAUUUAUUUAUUUAUUUGCCUCCGGGGAGCGCGUGGUGAUCAUUUGGUGGCCACACGCAGUAUGCGAGCAGAGGGGCUGGAGGCUGGCGGAGACUGGGACUGAGAGGCGGAGAUCCCUCAGACACCGCGCGCGUCUCCCUUGGACACAUCUCGGAGAUCUGACUGUGCGUUCGGCUCCCCUCGCCCGCAACACUUUUCUCGGCGUUGCGAUGUCCACAAGAAAGACAUCGUUGACGGAGAAGCAGACUAAAAACGGAACGUCAAAAUAUGUGUUGGAGAGAUGCGCUUCUAUUAACGAGUAUUAUGAUAUUGCCUUCAAGGUGAUGCUGCUGGGAGACUCGGCCGUGGGGAAGACGUGCGUCUUGGUGCGCUUUAAAGAUGGGGCCUUUCUGGGAGGCAACUUUAUAGCCACCGUUGGAAUAGACUUUAGGAAUAAAGUGGUGGAUGUCGACAACCUGAAAGUCAAACUCCAGAUCUGGGAUACAGCUGGCCAAGAGAGAUUCCGCAGUGUGACGCACGCCUACUACAGAGAUGCCCAGGCGUUACUUCUGCUCUAUGAUAUCACCAGCAAGCCAUCAUUUAACAAUAUCAGGGCUUGGCUGACUGAAAUACAUGAGUAUGCCCAGAAGGAUGUGGUCAUCAUGUUGCUCGGCAACAAGUCGGACAUGGCUGCAGAAAGGGUCGUGAAGACAGAGGAAGGAGAGAAGCUGGCCAAGGAAUAUGGUGUACCAUUUAUGGAGACCAGUGCCAAGACAGGAGUCAACGUGGAGCUGGCCUUUCUCGCUAUAGCAAAGGAGCUGAAGCACAGAGUGACACAGCAGCCGAACGAGCCCAAGUUCCAGAUACACGACUACAUCGAGUCUCAAAAGCACAAGUCCGGCUGCUGUAGCCUGGUGUAGCGGAUGCUGAUCACCAGGGAGAGAGAGACACAGAGAGAGGGAGGGAGGGA